AUGUCAUUUCGGAUUCAGUUUCCUUCGAACCGCGGUUUGAUGCUAUCGUGUUUAUCCCUAACGCUCCGUACAAAGCGAUACUCCUUGCACACAGUGUUUUUCGCCAUACGGUGGUAGAUUGCAGCUGGUUUGAUUUGUAUCCGCAAUCUAUUGGAUCGAUGGGUUGUUUGUUCAACCCUCUGGAACCAAUACUGUGAUACAAAAGUGGUGAAUCAAUUAAAAAACUUGUCGACAGUGCAGUGAGUUUGGGGUUAAUUGUUUGAUUGCAAAAAAUGGAUUGAAUGGAUGUCAAUGGAUUUUGUGUAAGUGUACGGCACAGCACUGAAGUUGGAAACUAGCCAGCAGUGUGGGUUUGGUCCUUAAAGUUUCUGAUUUGUUCAAGGAAUACAGUGCAAAUGGAAUUGGCGAUUAAAAACAUGUAGAAAGUGUUACUGAUUGAUUUUUGGAAAGAAGCCAUUAUCUGCGAAGCAACAAUUUAUCUUAAGACGGGAAAUGGAAGAGUGAGAGCGAGUGAGUGAUCAAAACAAAAAAGUGUACCAACAUCCGAGCAACAUGCUAUCCGAGGAAUAAAUGAAAAGUUACACAACGAUGCCUAGCGCCUGGUAACAUAGACGGCAUUUUCGUGACCAUCAUUUUGCAGUGUAAAAAUGUGCCAUCCGGUUGACGUCGUAAAAAUUAAUUAAAAGUUAAAUUAAACCUAUCGUUGGCUCCGCCCGUGGCCCACGCCCGCUCCCACCGUCGGAAGCGUUUGCCACAGCUGACGCAAGGAGGUGCUUGUUAAAAGCACAAUGCAUUUCAUGUAAUGAGAUUGCUGCUGUUGCUGUAGCACUGCAUCCGUUCCGGAAAACCACUUGUAUGCUGGUCUAGCUCGUCCUACCGGGUGCUGGCGUGUGCAGUCGGUCGUGUUGCUCGUGGUCGGAUGAAUGGUUCGUCGCGCGUUCGAUGUCGUCGGUGGUCGGCGUGUUUGUGUGUGCUUGAAUGUGUAUGCCAGCGUACGGUGUGUGCGUGCGGCCGCAUCCCAUGAGCUAGGAUCGAGAAGGCAAAUUUCCCAAACCCGCUCAGCGUACUGGCAGUGAUAAAUAUGCGUGACCCUUGCGGCCCUCAACCAGGAGAAACUGGUCGUUUUGGUGGUGCGGCGAUCAAACCACGGUGGCACGGGCAGCAGGCGUUGGCUGCGGUGAAAAAGAGUGAGCAUAAUUUAGCGCUGCUAGUGACACCCGCCCGGUUUGUUAGUGUGCGCGGAAGGUACGGAAAAGUCCGCCCGCUUGCGCGAGUGUUAGUGUACAGUGGUAAAACAUCACACCAGCCCCGGGGUAAGUGGCCAACCAGCUGCUGAAGAAGAAGGCGACCCGCCGCCGUUAGUGCAGUGCGAGGGAAGUUGGGUGACUCGACACGAAUUAGACACGCACGGGUUGAGGAUGCAAGGUUAAUACCGAAACCACCUACCAUAUUAAAACAACGAGGCGUUGAGUUUGAGCGAGCCGAAGCUGCUUGCCUCCGUCACUGCCCCUAUUUGCCAUCCACAAAAACUUGCCAUUUCUGAAAGUCAGCGUCUCCCGACGGUGGAUUAGUUUAACAUUGGUUGGUUGCGAGCUGCGUGGAGCACAUUUAUCAAACCAUUUAUAUGCAGUUUCAAGUAAUUAGUGAAGAUGUUCAAUCAAUUCUAUGUCUUCUACGUUGGAGUCUACAUACUACUGUUGCAAAGCAGAAUUAAAGUUUCCGUCAGCUCAACCAUGAUGACCACCACGACCGAGGAGUCUGCCGCUUUACAGCCGUACUUUGAUUUUGACGUGCCCCGCAAUCUAACCGUAACCGUAGGUCAAACUGGUUUCUUGCACUGUCGAGUGGAACGUCUUGGGGAUAAGGAUGUGGCAUGGAUCCGUAAGCGAGAUAUCCACAUACUCACAACAGGCGCUUCCACGUACACCUCGGACCAGCGAUUCCAGGUGCUCCACCCAGAAGGUUCCGUCAAUUGGACGCUGCAGAUAAAAUAUCCUCAAGUGCGCGACACCGGCGUGUACGAGUGUCAAAUUAACACCGAACCUAAAAUGUCACUUUCCUAUACACUUAAUGUUAUUGAGCUGCGGGCGAGAAUUCUUGGUCCGACGGACAUAUUUGUCAAAUCCGAUAGUGAAAUCACAAUGACUUGCGUCAUUCAGCAGGGACCACAUGAGCUAGGGACAAUUUUUUGGUACAAAGGAUCUACACUCAUCGAGCCUUUGGCCCAAGAAAAUGAACUGCUUCCUAGCGAAAAGCGUAGAAUUAUUGUCGAAACAGAUUGGACCGAUGUUUUGACAUCUAGGUUAAAAAUCAAAAGGGUUGUACAAAGUGAUACAGGAAAUUAUACUUGCGUUCCAACAAUGGCAAAAUCGGCAAGCGUGUGUGCCCAUGUGAUUAGCGGUGAACACCCUGCCGCGAUGCAGCACAACGCCGCAUCUAAAGUGUCUCAAAUGCUUCUGCUACAAACGGCGUGUAUCAUAUGUUUAGGUGAGGUAGCAUUAGUAAGGUAUUUGUUAGGGAAAAUCAGACUGAUUGUACGAAGUUUGAGUGGUGUAAAUCACGUAAGAUGAACCAUCGCAUUGCCCUGUAUUUGGCAAUGAAGUAAGUGCUAGAGUGCUAAAACGUUUGUCUAAAGCCAGAUGCAGGGAUUAUGUUUACUUAAUUUUUUUUUCUAUCAACUCAGUCUCAUGAGAACGUGUUUGUAUCAUUGUAAAAAAAUCGAAACUCACUUUUUUCACUCACAACCAUUGAAGUAGCGUAAGAAAUCAGAAAAAAAAGUCACCACUUGCAGUUAAAAUCACAUACAAUAGCCAUUUGUUGCACAGUUCAUGAAACCCUUUCUGCAAGAUCCUACGACAGUCUCGGAAUGGGAUGACUGAACUGUAGCAUGAACUAUGAUUAUUAACUACCGUCUUAGAAGUAGGGCCACCAUCAUGAAAUCAAACUGUACCUUUAAAAAGUGAACCGGUGCUGGAACAUUUAAACAUAAAUUCACUAAGAAAGGAUCUUUCCAAUGCAUAACAGACGAAUAGUAAUACAAAAUGAUACAAAUAUUCGCUCAAUCGAUUCUGUUUGUGUACAUAAGUUGAUGUAAGAAGAGAACACUCAUUUCAACUGCAUUAUUACCACCCUUUUUAUGGCCAACCAUUUUCUGUACUGAUUUUCAGAUCAAAACUAUUUUUCGCCAAAAGCCAUUUGUUAAGUUGAGUGAUAAUUUAACGAAUAUAACGAAUUCCCAAAAACGCUUAAGCAUGCUGCGGUGUGCUUCAUCCUAGCAACGGGAAAUCCUUUUAUGAGCUCCAUUAUCACAUCGAUGAGUUGCCUGUGGUGUGAACAGGAACUUUGAUCUUUUUCGCCCGCCCCGCUUAGUUUGAUGCUCACGAAUGUGACGCUUUGUUAAGGCUGUUAAUUAAUUUGUCAUCGCUUCUUCCCGAAGCGUUCGGAAACUGCUGUCAGUAGUCAGGGGUUAACGAUAAUCUUGAAGCUGUUCGAAAGUUAGAUCCAGUAUUUAAAACAAUCCUUCUGGCGGAAGCUACCAGAAGCACCCGUUUGCUCGAGGGGCCAUCUGAGACCGGCAGUGGUUCGCAAACUUCCCUCUCAGUGGUGGAUGGUUGAUUAUUAUUGCAUGAGCGAAAUAAGCCGGCAACGAAGAGUUGUGGGUUGCUAAAAUAGAUGGAGCAGGAUUCAAGGGAUCCGACCAAAUCCCACCAUACACCUGGCCUGGGCUUUAUCGAUCGGUAAAAAAAACAGUGUAUGUGAUGCCGCCGUUGAAGGGAGGUAUCCUGGCCUUUCGUCAUUAAAAUGGCCUUUACCUUGCACGUAUUUCAUUUCUGCGUUUAUUCGCAUCUACUUGGGAUGGCUAACAGAGGAACAUCCCUAGGGGUACCGGAAAUUAUGCAAGAUGGAUUGUGGAUGUUUUUUUGUAUUUUAAACUGUCGAAAAUGUGAGCAGCAGUGUACUACAGGAUGUGGGUUUGGACCUGAUUUUCAACAGGUUGUUACAACUUUUUUUUUAUUGGUACACUCUUCAUCAUAGGGUUUCCAUGAAAUAUUUUCAGUCUUCGGUUUUGGUAUCGACUGUUAUUCAAAUAAUAAACUUACUUUGUUCGAUAUAUAUUAUUGAUCCGGCUAUUUUCUUUUCAUUAUCGUAUAAUUGGAAACGUUUUAAUUAAAGGAUUGAUAAAAAAUCAUAAAAAAAAACAAUGUUAGGAAAACGACAAAACUGAUGAUAGCAACAUUCGAUGUACAUAUAUUACUUGGUUUAAAAUUCACAAUUCUGUACUGAAAGAGCUGAGUGAAAACGCUAAAAUGAACCCUGUACGGACACAAUUUAAACAAUACGAGCAGUUCUCUGUAGCAUAGCACAUCAUUUCACAACAAUGCAACAAAAACGUGACACACACGCAUUCUGUACAGUGCUCAAACAUUCUGUAGAACAACGUAGCAUUGAUUGAUAGAACAAUUUGCCCGGAGCAAUCAUUAGGACAAUAGAGGAUUUGAUUCAUAUUAUAUUUUAUCAAAAUUGCAUCACUGCAAUGUUAAUUUACAAAAACAGCUGAUUUAUGGAAUGCACGAACCACAUCGUCUGGAGUUUCGAUUACGAAUGUUAAUUUACAGACUUUUUAACGUUAAGCGAAAUGUGACUGUUUAGCUACUGGACACAUUCAUAUGGAUGUAUUGCAUGUAGAAGAGUUUUAAUUCAAAAUGUUACCAUCGAUUCAAUCGGUGGUAAUUUCAUCGAAAUAGUGCAACAUAUUUGACGGUGAUGAUUGUACAAAACUCUCUAGACAUCGAAUUUAUUUAAACGUUUUUAAAGGCAAAAUAUGUAAGAAACUAUUUUCGUUUUCUUUAUUGUUAUUCUGGUGUUAUUUUGAAUACAAUACUUAUAAGAGUUUUAUAUUGUUGUUUUUUUUUUAUUAAUUAAAAACUGUGUAAUUAUUUACUACUAACUUGUUCAUUGACGAAGCUCAGAUACAUGAAGAAGCUUACACGUUUAUAAUUCAAAAUGGGAUACAAACAUGUUUUAGACAAAAUAAGAUAGUGUUUAUAAAAAAAACCUUGUAUAACAAGAAAGCCGGAUCUUCACAGGAGAAAUAAAAACGAAAUUGUCAUCUUUGAAA